CCGGGCAAAGCGAGAGACGAGCCAGGAACGAGCCGGGAAAUCCGAGCAGGAUGGCAGCAGACCCGGCCCCGGCCUCAGACCGCCGGGGACCUGCAGGCGACCGGCCGGCCGGCCGCGGCUCCACACCCUGGGCACAGACUCGGGGAGCAGAGAAAGCGGAGACGCGCUGCCACGCGCGGUGCCUUCGCGCACACCGCAGCACGGCCCCAGCCCGCGGGGCCCACGAGGAGGCGGAAUCCCACGCACCCCGCAGCCACGCGAGCCCUGCGCCUCCCAGGACGGAAUGGAACCAAGUGACUUCAAAAUCAUCUGAGCCCCUGGCUAGCCCCGGCGCAGGUCUCCUGGGAGUGCUCCAAAUUCAGCUCAACUUUAUUUACUUGACUUUUAUCUUUCCUCCCUCAUUCUCGAAUCACCCGGUUCCAAGGCAGUCCCUGCGGGCAGGUGCAGCUGUGCUGGAGUCCGGGGAGCAAGCAGGGACCUCCGUCCUGUCCCGGACACCCAGGCGGCAGCGGCUCCAGCACGGGGCCAGCCUGCCUCCCACCGCGCAGCCCGAGGGCUGUCCUGGAAUCACAGCCGGCCAGCCCUGGGUGGCCGGACACGUUUAUGACCCCCACCCCCACCCCCCACGCGGGUCAGCGCCUUCCAUAUUCUGGGAACGGCUCACGCGCAGCGCCCUGCAGGCUGCUGCGACUUCAUCCUUCAUUCCCAAAGCAGGUGUCAGGCUCUCCCAGGAGACCCAGCAGGGUGCUAUCUGCCAGCCCUGCCAAACCAUCCCUGGGCACCAGCACCGCGGCUUCCAUCAGUGUUAG